AUGACUGUCCCAGAUCUCCCAGUUGGUCCUCUAGCGUCCAAAGUCGACGCUGUACCUCCGGCCGGCGCCUCUCUUCAUGGCAAAUACACAUCCGUGGUGAAGCUAGCCACAGGCCACGCCCCGGCCCUCUACAAAUCUCUCGGAGGCCAAGAGAACGCUUGGCGAUGGACAUAUAUGCUUCGUGGCGGCUUUGAUACUCUCGAGGAGUACCAAGAGUUCACCACGGAUCUGGCAGGCUCAACUGAUCCCUAUGCAUAUGCCAUCCUCUCGGCUCCCGAGGCGGAGACGAGCGCAAACCCCGAGCCUGUCGGCGUCUUCUCAUUCCUAAACAUCUCGGCGCCUCAGAGGCGAAUUGAGAUUGGCUCGGUCAACCUCGGAGAUCGCCUGAAGAGGACAAGAAUGGCCACGGAGGCUUUCUACCUCUUCAUCAAGCACGCCUUUGAAGAUCUACAUUAUCACCGCGUGGAGUGGAAAGCCAAUGCACUCAAUGCUCCCAGCUUGUCGUCUGCAAAGCGCCUGGGCUUCGUCUAUGAGGGCAUAUUCCGCAAACACAUGAUUGUGCAGGGUCGUCUUCGUGACACAGCCUGGUUCAGCAUCACCGAUGAUGAAUGGCCAGUUGUUAAGCAGGCUUUUGACACUUGGUUGGAGGAGAGCAACUUUGACGCCGAAGGCCAGCAAAAAAGAACUCUGCAGGCGAUUCGCGACGAGAUUCAGAAGUCAACUUCAUAA